UAUUAUUAACUGGAAAUGGAAGCCAACACCUACAUUCGCAGCGCCUACCAAGUUGCGAUAAUACCGACAGAUCUGCAUCAUGAGGCGACCAUAAUCAAAGCAGCCCAGUCACUGGACUGUCUACAUAAAACAAUAAAUUCUAUUUUCGAGCGGAUUGAUGCCCGCCUCGAGAGAAAUGGUGCCAAGGUCCAGGACAUAAACAGACGUGUGAAGCGGGCCCAGGGGAAAAUAGAUGCACUGGUCGGGUCCAAACGAGCGAUUAAAAUUUUCGCUCCGGCCCGAUUUCCUGCCGGCGAAGUUUUCGCCAACAUAGCCUCAACCUUUCCACAGGUGGCCGGCCAACUAAUGGAAGGGAACCAGGAAAAUCCAGACUGUCUACAGAAAGAGAUGGCGUCAGUGGCCGAUGAAGAUCCGACUUCCUUUCAUGUGCGUGCCGAGCAGGAACACGAAGCGCCGUUGGUCGCCGAGAGGAAGCUGACUAAUCGGACUUCUGGCUUAGGUGGUCUACCCUUGAAUGGUGUUAGAUCCGUGCCUUCGCUGAUGCGUUUCAACACCAACGAGUUCGCCUAUGGCGAUGAUCUGAACGCCUGGAAGCGUUCUCUUCCCCCGCAGCGGACAAGACGUGCAGCCAGCCAGAAUAAGAUCACGACGGAGAACCUUCUAGCCCCGGCUCCUCAUUCACUGGCACAUGGCACCACAAAGUUGGCGACUCCCGCCGGGGACUUGCGAUACAAUCCAGCUGCUUUGGCUGCUCCAGCCAUCGAUGUGCCCCUGGACUUGCCCGACCUUCCUGGCAUAGCCAACGACUUGCAGUACGAGCCUGUCGAAGAGAAGACGCCCAUUGCUCCGUCCCAGCAGUUUGGAGAGCUGCCAGAUUUACCCGGAUUGGAGGUGGUAGAACAGGAGAUCACAGUGCAGGCUUUGGCAGCUCAAACGCACAUUCCAGCGCCAGUGAAGAAUAAAUUAAAAGGAUCAAUUGGAUCAGUUCCCGUUUCGGGCACACCACCACCACCGCCACCUCCUCCACCCCCUCCACCGACGCCACAGGCUCCUAAAACAGAGUCCCCGCAACCAACCUUUUCCACCAAAGGUCCUAUUAAACCCCUCUCUCCUUCUCGAGAAACGCCCCUGAAUAUGCCACCGCCUCCACCACGCCAGGCUGAUCCACGAUCGGAGCUUAUGGCUGCCAUACGAAAUGCUGGUGGAGCACUGGGCGGACGGCUUCACUCGGCUGCGGCAGCACCACUCGACGUGGUCGACACCACAAGACCCAAAACUGGAACCCCUGCAACGGGUGAUCUUAUGGCGGAUCUCCACAACAAGCUCCUGCUCAGACGCAAAGGAAUCUCGGGCAGUCAGAAUCCCGGACACCCAACCGCUGGAAAUCCGCUCAUGCAGCAGCUGUCUAAGGUUAUACCGCAGAGAAAAUCCCCUCAAUCCAGCGACGGAGAGAACUCGGAAGAGGACGUGGAUGCGUGGACGUAAUUAAAUUAGACACACAAAUAUACUUUAGCACCAUGUGCCUUCGACGGGUUUAAACACUAGCAUAAUGUUUACCCCUUUUGCAAAUCGAAUGUUUGGAAAACAAAUAUGCAAAAUUAGCAAAGUUACAAAAUUUUAUUAAAAAUACAAACUAAAUGCCCUUCAAGGAUAUAA